AUGAGUCCCAAUUCGAAGAAUACCAUUACGCAGAAUGGUCAUUACAAUAAACAAAUGAAUGGAAAUGUAAAGCAAAAACAGUACAAGCUAUUACAAGAGAAGCAAUUUGAAGCAAGGGAUUCGCUAAUUGAAGAACUAUGCAACAAUGUACCUCAUAUAGCAUCGAUACAGAACUUUUUUAUUGCCACCAUACUUUGCCUGUUUACGAGUAUUUUGGCAAAUGACUAUAUGGUAAAAGGAGAAGUCAGUCUUGGUUUCCACCUAAUAAGAGAUUCAUUUGCAAAACUACACAUAUCUGCAUUUUUCUGGGUGCUAUUUUUGAUUGUAACAUGUUCAGUACAUAUCGUCUUCAAGUUCUGGGCACUCGUUCGUGUGAAGUUGAUCCCUAAUUAUACAGCUGUCAAAAUAUGGGACAGAAUAUGGAUAGUGUUAGUAUUUGCGUUCCACCUAAUGUCCUUCAUAAUAUCUUCAUUUAUAACAGAGCACUACGAUCUACCAGUAGCCUGUUCAUCAAUAAUCCUUUUAGAACAGACGAGACUGUCAAUGAAAAUCCAUGCUUAUAUUAGACACAACGCUGAAAGAGUUGUGAAAUACAAACCACACAGCGACCAAGAGUUGAUUUUACCCAAGUUUAAGAAUUAUUUAUAUUUCUUGUUUGCUCCAACAAUUGUCUACAGAGAUGAGUAUCCCAGGACCACAAAUAUUAGAUGGGACUUCGUAGCCUUCCGUUUCCUAGAAAUCAUCGGCGUCAUCAUCUACCAAUGCUUCAUCCUGCACAGGUUCGUCUUCCCAGCAUACCGCGAAUUUGGAUUGCGGAAGUUUACAUGGGGCGAAGUAAUCAUUCCGAUCAUUGAAAACUCUCUUCCUGGACUACUACUUUUAUUAUCUGGGUUCUACCAGGUCCUACAUUCGGUCCAAAAUUUGUUUGCAGAGAUACUUAGAUUUGCAGAUAGGCAGUUUUAUAAGAAUUGGUGGAAUUGUGUCACUACGGAGGAAUUCUUUAGAACUUGGAACUGCGUGGUCCACGACUGGCUUUACACCUACGUCUACAGAGAUAUUCACAUAUUAACUAAAGGCAACAAAGUAUUAGGCAAACUCGCGGUGUUCGCCCUAUCAGCAAUAAUCCACGAAUGGGUAUUGGCAUACCAGUUCAAAUUCUACACCCCCGUCAUCCUCUACUGCUACUUAAUUGCUGCUGUCAUAAGCAUGUUCCGAGUGCCUAAGAUCAAGUGCGUUAACAUACUGUUCUGGUACGGUAUGAUGUUCGGUUCCGGAUUGAUGGCUAGCUUGUACACACUGGAGUAUUACGCUAGGACAAAUAACCCUGCUACUGAGUACACUUUUAAGUAUUGGUUCUUACCCAGGUGGUAUUUGUGUGACUGUAUUGCGUGA